UUGGAUCCUGGUUGGGAAUUUUGCUGCGAACUAAGCCAUGGCUUUGAUUCAGGAGGCCUUUGGAGACCAUGCAGAUUUGUACAGCCUGCUUGGAGUGGAGAAGGAGGCAACUUCUGCACAGAUCAAGAAGGGCUACCACAAGGCCGCGCUGAAGUGGCAUCCAGAUAAAAAUCAGCAGCAAGAUGCGACACUUAAAUUUCAAGCACUUGGGGAAGUGCAUCGAAUUUUGAGUGAUGCUGAUCUGAGAAGUGAGUACGAUGAAAGCGGUGUGGUGCCUGAUUCCGAGUCAGCCACAAAGAUGAAUUGGUCAGCCUACUUCGCCAAGAUUUUCAAGGUGACUACCAAAGAUAUCGACAAGUUCGCCACCAAAUACGUGGGCUCUGCAGAAGAAAGAGCCGAUGUCUUGAAGUUUUACGUUGAAGGCAAUGGUGAUUUGGGCUUUGUGAUCGAGAAUGUGAUGCUUUCCUCUGAAGGUGACCGGGAGAGAUUCGAGGAGCUGAUCCGCACGGCCAUCCGCCAGGGCGAAGCCCAGGCGUUGCCGUUGCUGGAGGCCUCUGGCAGCGGCUCGGCGCAGGCGAAGAAACGACGAAGGAAGGCGCAACAAGAAGCGGCGAUGAGUGAGGUUCCUUCCGACCUGCUUCAGCAGAUCCAGGCGCGGCGACAGCAGCGGGGCUCCUUGCUGGAGCACCUUGAGGAGAAGUACAGCGACCCAAAGAAGCCGCCGACGCCGAAGAAGGGGCAGAAGGGGAUGAAGCGCCCUGCGGCAAAGCGGUGAAAAUUAAAAAAUCGCGGAAAAAU